CCUCCGCGCAGGCGCACGCCGCCCGGCCGGCUGCAGCUCGGGGCGUUCUUCUGUCCCUGGCUCCCGGCAUGCACCGCGCCGCCCUUCUGUGCAAGUGCUACUUCUUAAGGAUUCUGCCGCUCCUCCUGCGGAGGCUACCGCCGGUCUGCGACUCUCAGGCCUCGCGUCCGCUGGGAGGAGGAGGGAGGCCGACCAGACCGCGGAACUACCCGGCGCCGCGCGGGAGCCGGUAGGAGCGGCCCCGCCCCGCCCUCUUAAAGGGGCCGCGCCUCGCUUUCUGACCUGGGUGGAGUUGCCCACUCGGGAAGAGGGCGGUGGCGGUCGUCCGCCUUCUGGUCCCGCGUCCGGUCCCGCCCAGGCCGCCAGGGGAAGGGAUGCGGGGACACCCACGCCCAGAGCUUGGCUCGCGGCACCGCGGAGCUCCGGCUGGAGGACGGUGAUGCUCGGGCCGGACGUCCAGGGCGCGGCCGCCUCGCCCCGCUGAAAAUGUGCAUCUAAAAUGCAAGCCGAACCAAGCAGCAGCCUGUGGAGCCCUUGCUGUGCUGGGAUCAUGAGGGUGUUGGACGAGAGCCUCUUCUGGAUGCUACUCCCAUCCCUUUGCAUGGUGACAAGUGCCGCAGAGCACGAGGAGGUGGCAAAACAUGCCAUCAAGUUGCACCGUGGCCGGGGGGCGCCUGCCACCCAGAGGAGGCAGUGGGCCCUGGACAGCUGCAGGAAGCUCACUGGGCUCCUUCGGCAGAAGAACGUGGUUCUGAACAAGCUGAAAGGUGCGAUUCGAGCGGUGGAAAAAGAUGCUGGCCUGUCAGACGAAGAGAAGCUAUUCCAGGUGCAUACAUUCGAGAUUUUCCAGAAAGAGCUGAAUGAAAGUGAAAAUUCCGUCUUCCAGGCCAUCCAUGGGCUGCAGAGAGCCCUGCAGGGGGAUUACAGAGACGUUGUCAACAUGAAGGAGAGCAGCAAGCAGCGGCUGGAGGCCCUGCGGGAGGCCGCCAUCAAGGAAGAGACGGAGUAUGUAGAACUUCUUGCCGCAGAAAAACAUCAAGUGGAAGCCCUUAAGAACAUGCAGCAUCAGAACAAGAGUCUUUCCAUGCUUGACGAGAUUCUUGAGGACGUGCGGAAGGCUGCAGAUCGCUUAGAGGAGGAGAUUGAAGAGCACGCCUUCGAUGACAACAAAUCGGUCAGAGGUGUCAACUUUGAGGCAGUUCUGCGGGUGGAGGAGGAGGAGGCCAGUUCCAAGCAGAAUAUCACAAAGCGGGACGUGGAGGAGGGCCUGGGCCUCAGCAUGCUGAUUGACUCCCAGAACAACCAGUAUGUCCUCACGAAACCCCGGGAUGCCACCAUCCCACGUGCAGACCACCACUUCAUAAAGGACAUUGUCUCCAUAGGCAUGCUGUCCUUACCUUGUGGCUGGCUGUGCACGGCGAUAGGGCUGCCCACCAUGUUUGGGUACAUCGUUUGUGGUGUGCUUCUGGGGCCUUCGGGACUGAACAGCAUCAAGUCCGUUGUCCAGGUGGAGACUCUGGGAGAGUUCGGGGUCUUCUUCAGCCUCUUCCUCGUUGGCCUGGAGUUCUCCCCCGAGAAGCUGAGAAAGGUGUGGAAGAUAUCCUUACAAGGACCGUGCUACAUGACCCUGCUGAUGACCGCCUUUGGCCUGUUGUGGGGACACCUCCUGCAGAUCAGACCCACGCAGAGCGUCUUCAUUUCCACCUGCCUGUCCUUGUCGAGCACUCCCCUGGUGUCCAGGUUCCUUGCAGGCAGUUCCCGGAGCGAUAAAGAAGCAGGUGACGUUGACUACAGCACGGUGCUGCUGGGGAUGCUGGUGACACAGGACGUGCAGCUGGGACUCUUCAUUGCCGUCAUGCCGACGCUCAUACAAGCAGGGGCAGCCGCGUCCGCCAGCCUCGUGGUGGGGGUGCUGCGCACGCUGCUCCUGGUCGGCCAGGCCCUCUUCUCGCUGGCCCUGGUCUUCGUUCUGUGUCUCCUCAUCAAGAUGUCCCUCAUUGGGCCUUUCUGCCGGAAGCUGCGUCUGGAGAGUAAAGGGAACAAGGAGGCCCUGGUCCUGGGUGUGUCUGCCUUCAUCUUCUCCAUGCUGACGAUCUGUUUUCUCUGGCAAGUUUCACUGGAGGUUUCUGUUGUCCACUCUGGGUCGGAGUUGCCUCCCCCACCAUGUGGAAGAAGGCAGUGUCUGCGGGGUGCCGUGCUGCCAGGGAGAGCAAAUGCAUCACAAAUGCUGAAAGUAAAUGUUGAAGAGAGUCUCAUGCAGAAGUACCCUCCUCGCAUGGUCACGGAGCUACUGGACGUGUCCAUGGAGCUGGGCUGCUUCCUGGCUGGAGCGCUGGUCUCUUCCCAAGGCCACGUAGUCACUGAGGAGGUUAUGGCCUACCUCGAGCCCAUUCGAGACUUCCUGGCCAUGGUCUUCUUUGCCUCGAUAGAUGCUUGUGCAAUCUACAUGGCUACCUAGAUUCAGCACAGCCCCAAGGAGAUGUGGAAACUGACUCUGAGCGCUACAUGGAAAUGCGAAGGGCCACGCGUAGCCAUGUCCUGCCCAAGGAGAAGCAGAGGAGCCAGCAUCGCUUCAGAGGGGAAGCCAGCCUCUGGCCAGUGGGGCCGGUGAUCCGGUGCUGCUCAGUACAGGGGGAAUCGGCCCAGAGCAGGGAGGCCAUGGAGAGCCUGACAGCUGGGCCGCCCCGUCCCCUGGGCACCUGUCCCUUCCGCACUCAGGCCCCCGCCCCAUGGCGUUUCUCAGCACGCGGAAUGGACUCUGCUCUCCUACUCCCUUGGGAGGGUCUGAGGAAAUUGACCCGGCUGCUGAAGGCACCGGGAAGAGGGCCAGUGGGUGUCGAGCCCCAACUUUGGAGCCCAUGUUCACCCUACUGGACAGGGGUAGGCCCAUGCCCAGUCUGGACACCACGGUGUUACGCCUUCCUGGGCCCAGGGCUGCUCCUGUGUGUGUGGUGGUCAGCGUGGUUGUUGGGAGAACACUAGGACAGCCGCUGCAGCCCAGAGCUCUCUCUAAUUGU